CUGCCGAACCAAAUAUUGUAGAUAACAUGGCCUCUGUCCACUCUGUCCUGUACACUCUAGUGCUGUUCUCAGAGUUGAACAGCCACUUAGGCACCGUAGCCAUGCCUGCAACUAAAGUAGAAGAUGUCGUAACGGAGCAAGACGGCCUGGGUUUGAUACUGGGGGACGAGCCUAUGACUGAGCCCGCUGUGGUUCCCCCUGUGUACAGACGAAGCCAUCUACUGGACACCAACGUGAGGGAUGAAGACGGAAGCCCUAAAAUGGUCAUCGUCUCAGACAUGAGGCUGAAAGGUAUUCGUGGGCUGAACCCGGCCUUCACCCGGAGACUUUCCCUGCUCUCAGACCAAAGCUUGAGCCACAUUCCCACCGAUCACAGUUUACAAAUUGUUCGCAGAAACAUGGACCUUGAUAUGCUGCGGUGUAUGAUAGGAAGAGUGUACCGACCCUGCUGGGAAGUAGAACCCUGAUCCCAAAAAAGCUGGGAUGCUGUGUGAAAUGUAAAUAAAAAUAGAAAACCUAUAUUAAACAGAAUGCAGUGCAAAGACAAGCUAUUUAAUGUGCAAACUGGUAAACUUUAAUGUUUUUUGUGAGUAUACACUCAUUCUGAAUUUGAGGCCAGCAACUUUUUCUCCUAAGAGCACUCAAUCAAGUGUUUGGGAACUGAGGACAUCAGUGGUUGAAGUUUUGAAAAUGUCAUAUUUU